AUGCGCGCCCAAAUCCCGCCCUGCCCAGGGUGGUUCCGCCAGCCGCCGGCCCCCUGCUUACUCUGGUUACCCGGGCCGCAAAGGCCACUCGGUCAGCCCCACCGCCCCGGCAGCCCGGCUCCUCCAGCCCGCCUCGCCAUGCUCCGCGCGGCGGCGCGCCCGCUGUGGGGCCUCGCGCUGCCCCGGGAUCCCGUCCUGUCCCCGGUUCGCCCCCUGUCCUGGGGUCCCGCUCAGACUCGGGGCUCAGCCCGUGCCGGAGCAGAAAGCCCGUCUCUGCCUGCAGAAAUGACAUGGAAAGACAAUGCGGAGACUGUGAUCAUAGGAGGUGGCUGCGUGGGUGUGAGCCUGGCCUAUCACCUGGCCAAAGCAGGCAUGAGGGAUGUGGUCUUGCUGGAGAAGUCAGAGCUCACGGCCGGGUCCACCUGGCACGCAGCAGGCUUAACAACUUACUUUCAUCCUGGAAUAAACUUGAAGAAAAUACACUAUUACAGCAUCAAACUUUACGAGAAACUGGAGGAGGAAACCGGGCAGAUGGUAGGAUUCCAUCAGCCAGGAAGUAUCAGAAUUGCUACAACUCCUAUAAGGGUAGAUGAAUUUAAAUACCAAAUGACACGCACCGGCUGGCAUGCUACAGAACAGUAUAUUAUUGGACCUGAAAAAAUCCAAGAGAUGUUUCCUUUACUUAACAUGGAUAAGAUUUUAGCUGGACUGUAUAACCCUGGAGAUGGUCACAUUGAUCCUUAUUCUCUGACAAUGGCCUUGGCUGCUGGGGCCAGGAAAUACGGGGCCCUUUUAAAAUAUCCCGCCCCUGUGACUUCUCUGAAGCCCAGGUCGGAUGGAACAUGGGAUGUUGAAACCCCACAAGGAUGUCUGCGAGCAAACAGAGUUGUGAAUGCUGCCGGGUUUUGGGCACGUGAGGUGGGUAAAAUGAUUGGCCUGGAACACCCUCUCAUCCCAGUCCAGCAUCAGUAUGUGGUUACCUCCACCAUCCCAGAAGUGCAAGCCCUGAAGCAAGAGCUCCCUGUGCUCCGGGACCUGGAAGGGUCCUAUUAUCUCCGCCAGGAGCGGGAUGGGCUUCUGUUUGGGCCUUAUGAGAGUCAGGAGAAGAUGAAGGUCCAGGAUGCGUGGGUCACCAAUGGUGUCCCUCCAGGCUUUGGAAAGGAGCUUUUCGAAUCUGACCUCGACCGAAUUAUGGACCAUGUACAAUCGGCCAUGAAGAUGGUUCCAGUCUUGCAGAAGGCCAACAUCAUCAAUGUGGUCAAUGGCCCAAUCACUUACACCCCUGACAUCCUGCCUAUGGUGGGCCCGCACCAGGGGGUCCAGAAUUACUGGGUGGCUAUAGGCUUUGGGCGUCUGUCUGUUUUUGAAAGGUACGGCAUAAUCCAUGCUGGUGGGGUAGGAAAGUACCUCAGUGACUGGAUCCUGCAGGGAGAGCCUCCUUUUGACCUGAUAGAACUGGAUCCCAACCGCUAUGGCAAAUGGACUACAGCUCAGUACACUGAGGCCAAAGCCAGGGAAUCCUAUGGAUUCAACAAUAUCGUUGGCUAUCCCAAGGAAGAACGCUUUGCUGGGCGGCCCACACAGCGAGUCAGCGGACUCUACGAGACCUUGGCGCCCAAGUGUUCCAUGGGCUUCCACGCAGGCUGGGAGCAGCCAAACUGGUUCUACAGACCGGGCUGGGACACUCAGUACAGGCCAAGUUUUCGUCGCACAAACUGGUUUGAGCCGGUGGGCUCUGAGUAUAAACAAGUUAUGCAAAGAGUGGGGGUGAUUGACCUGACCCCUUUCGGCAAGUUCAGCAUCAAAGGCCCAGACUCUGCGAGGCUGCUGGAUCAUCUCUUCGCCAAUGUCCUUCCAAAGGUGGGUUUUACAAACAUAAGCCACAUGUUGACGCCCAAAGGUCACGUGUAUGCCGAACUGACUAUCUCUCACCAAUCCCCUGGCGAAUUUCUGUUAAUAACUGGUUCUGGAUCUGAACUUCAUGAUCUUAGAUGGAUUGAAGAAGUAGCUGUCAAAGGUGGAUAUGCCGCUGAGAUUAGAAACGUGACCGAUGAACUGGGCGUCCUCGGAGUCGCGGGGCCAUGUGCGAGGAAGGUCCUGCAGAAGCUGACCUCAGAAGACCUCAGCGAAGGUGCCUUUGCAUUUCUGCAAACCAAGUCCUUCAAGGUUUCCGGCAUUCCUGUCACUGCUAUUAGGAUAUCCUACACAGGUGAGCUGGGCUGGGAGCUGUACCACAGGCGAGAGGACUCAGCGCUGCUCUAUGAGGCCAUCAUGACUGCAGGCCAGCAGGAGGGCAUCGGCGACUUCGGGACUUAUGCCCUGAAUGCCCUGCGCCUGGAGAAAGCCUUCCGAGCCUGGGGCCUCGAGAUGAACUGCGACACAAAUCCCUUGGAAGCUGGACUGGACUAUUUUGUCAAGUUAAACAAGCCAGCAGACUUCAUAGGAAAGCAGGCACUGCAACAGAUUAAAGCCGAGGGGCUGACACGCAGGCUGGUCUUUCUCACCUUGGCAACAGACGAUGUGGACCCGGAGGGGAAUGAAAGCGUCUGGUACCGUGGCAAGGUGAUUGGCAACACGACAUCUGGCAGCUACAGCUACAGCCUCCAGAAGAGCCUGGCCUUUGCAUACGUCCCUGUAGAGCUGAGUGAGGUGGGACAGCAAGUGGAAGUCGAACUACUGGGUAAAAAUUACCCUGCCACCAUCAUACAAGAACCCUUAGUACUGACAGAACCAGCUAGAAACCGACUGGAGAAAAAAGGCAGAAAAGACAAAACUUGAAAAAGGUCUCACCAGUCAGCUGAAUUCUAUUACUAUUACUAUUACUAUUACUGUUACUAUGUGACUUCUUGAAAUUAUUAGAAUUGGUUCCAGGGGGAAUAGAGGAUCUAGAUUUAGACUCUUAAUAAAACUUUCCUCCUAAUUGCUUUCUAAGUAAAAUAGAAUCAUGAAUGAGUGAUUUACAUCAUUCUUUCAAAUGAAGAAAUCUGAAGUGAAUUUUAAAAUUUUGUCUUCUUGUUUAUGAGAUCCAAUCACCAAAAUGGUAGUGUUUGCAAAUAUACAAUCACUAUUAUAACUAAAUUUUAAAACUUUAUAUAAUUUAGGAACAUAGCAAAAAUUUCAAAACAAAUAAAUUAAUGUUUUGUUUUAUAUAAAAACAAAUAUAAUACUACUGCUUUCUGAUUGAGAAAUCUUUUCCUAGGUGAAUAAAUAAUAAUUUUAAUUUUAAUUUUUGUAAUAUAUCUAUGACAAAGAUAAUAAAGCUUAAUAUCAAUUUA